UGCUGGUGGGUAUAGCCAGCUGCUGCAAUGAGUUAGGCAUGACCAUAUCCUUCUUUCAAAGUUUCAUACUUGUAUCGAAAAAUGCAUUUGUGCCACUGCUUUCUCAGUACCAAUUUAUUGAAUGCUUUCUCCAUCAUACUCUAGUCCAAGGUUUUUGUAGAUAACUCCAAAAAAAAUGAAGCACCCACCAGCACAAAUUCAUCUCCCCACUGUCCUUCAUACUCUUAUGGUACUGGUCUUAAUAUCAAUUCCAAUAUCAAAUGCAAAAUCCAUGAUUGAACCAUGCAGUUCUUCCGAUUCUUGCUCCUCUCUGUUGGGUUACAUCCUCCCCUAUGACUCAGAACUCGCUGAGAUAUCAUACCGCUUUAGGAUCAAUGCCUCUGAUCUCCUAGCAGCCAAUUCUAUCAGUCCCAAAACAUUAGGUGACCAAAUUUUCCAUGCCAAAGCAUUUCUAAGAGUGCCUAUUUCAUGCCCAUGUGUGGAUGGAAUUCGACGAUCCUUGUCUACAACUUACACUGUUCAGGCAGCUGACACACCGGACUCAAUUUCAGCUGGCUUUGGUGGGCUGGUUAGUGCAGAACAAAUAAGGGAUACCAAUGGUAUUAAUACCCAGAAUCCGUUAAUGAGUGGGGAGAAACUUGUGAUUCCAUUGCCAUGCACAUGCUUUGACAAUGUUAACAAUGGGAUUGCUUCAGUGUACAUGUCAUAUGUAGUGCAAAGGGGGGAUGGUUUGGGCAGCAUUGGGGCUGAAUUUGGGGUCAGUACCAUGAACUUGGUGGCAGUGAAUGGGCUCGGCCAGCCGGAGGUUGAUCCUGGAGACAUACUCUCCAUCCCAAUUUCAGCAUGUUCAUCUGCAAACCUCAACUGGUACAAUGAGAGCCUAAUUGUUCCCAAUGGAUCAUAUGCUCUUACUGCCAACAACUGCAUCAAAUGUUCUUGUGGACAGCAUGACCUCAAUUUGCGAUGCGGGACCUCUGGUAUUGCAACCACAUGCUCUCAGUUACAAUGCAAGGGAUCUGAUCUUUUUAUUGGCGACUCACAUGUGAAUCAAACGGCUACAGGGUGUAACAUCACUACUUGUGUGUACCGUGGCCAUCUUGGUGGCAAGAUUUUCAGAAGUUUAGCUAAUUCUUCUCAAGCUCCUUGUCCAGGGAAUCAAAGUUCUAAUGCAGCAUCACCAUUUUCAUUUGAUCCUGGAGUCCCAUCCAUCGCAAUAUCUCCAUCCCCAUCACAAUCUAUUUCACCUUCUACCGGGGCCCUUGCGCCAAUGAGUGGACAAAAUUUCAACAUUUCUAGCAAUGGAAGAUUGCUGGUUACAGCUUUGUCUUUCAGUUUACUACCCCUACAGCUUGGCAUUCUCUUUCUCUUGUGAUUAUUCUCUCUCAUUCUUUUAUAAUAAAAAAAAAUUUCUUGU